AUGGCAUCUUUUCUCUAUUCUCCACCUCUCAAAUCACUGACUCCUGAGCUGUUGACCCAGCUCAAAGAGCGCAGUGAAAAGUUUCUCUUCGAGAUCAUCGGCACGAAUUGGAAGUCCCAGUUCUGCCAAACUGCUGACGAACUCAGUAUAUUCCGACACGCUGUCGAAACGCUGCACGAUGAUGAAGAGGGAUUUUUGCAGAAGUUCCGCAAGCUGGUUCCGCUCACAGUAUACGACACUUAUGAACCUUACGUGGCUCGGUUCUUUAACGAGCCCUGCCAGGAAGCUGAGGUCAUUAACCUUUUUGCACCCGGUUUCCCCGCCUUCCUUGCAGCCUCUAGUGCAACCUCGGGGAAGGCACCCAAAUUUUUCGCGAAGUAUAGAGGAACGACCUACCGUUCCCUAGACACCCAGGGCCAGCGCAUACACACAUAUCGCUUAACGUGUAGGGUCUUAAACGUCUUCAAUGGAGAUCAAGACAUUGUGCGAAGAAUUACCGCCUCCGCAGCGAGUGGUGGGUUGUUGAGAUUGAAAAAUGGAUGGAACCCAGAACAAGACGAAGAUAUAAUGUCGUCUAAGGGCAAGUUCCCAACAGAGGCUGCUCCAAUUGCAGUAGCCAUGGUCGGAUAUAUCCCCUCAUUUUUUCUCUUGCACGCGCUGUUCGGGCUGGCCGACCGUAGCGUGGAGACUCUCGACCUCCUGUUCUGCACAACCUUACUCGACCUGUUUAUGUACAUGGACCGUGAUUGGUUCACUCUCGUGGACGCCAUCGAUAAUGGGACAAUACCAGAACUCAAAAACAUCGAGCACGUGCGGGACCAACUACAGCGGCAUUUACAUGCGGACCCUGUCCGCGCUGCUGAGCUACGUGCCAUUGGACCACCAUCCAAUACCGCUGGAUGGGCAAAAUCUGUUUGGAAAAAUCUGAGGUUAGCACGCAGCGUCGGAAGCGGCCCUUUCUCCUCCGCCGUUCCAAAGGUGAAACAUCUUCUUGGUCCUGAUGUGAUACUCCAAUCACCCCGAUUUGCCAGUAGUGAAUGCUUCAUUGGCGUCAAGUAUCACACUGGGGACCUCAACCGGUUCAGAAUUGUAUUGGACGAUGGAUUCAUUGAGUACCUCGAACUGGCAUCGGAGGAGGUGGCUGACAACCUAUGUGCAGCGUGGGAGGCUGAGCCAGGGAGACACUAUGAGCUUGUCCUGACUACGUGUCAUGGAUUGUGGCGGUACCGUUCUGGAGACAUAGUUGAGCUACUGGGCUUUGCUCCAGAUGAUGGUUCUCCCGUGGUGAGAUUCGUUGAACGGCGGAAGGUGGAGAUAAGACUUGAUGGUAUAUUUGUCACGGAAGGUCAACUGGCGCAAUCAAUAUAUUCUGUAACCCAGGACACGAUCGGUCAGGUUGUGGAGUUCACUUGCUUCAAAGACGUUCGGAAACUUCCCCAUACCAUUGGAUUCUUUGUGGAGCUAGCUCAGGAGCCAGGCACCGCCUCCCGGCACCUCGCAAAGCAGCAACUGGUUGAUGCCCUCUCAAGUGUGAACGAAUAUGUUAGCGGCCAAUAUGCUCGUGGGGCUAUGGGUAUGCCCACGCUUCGCGUGGUCAAGCCUGGGACAUUCACGGAAUACAGAAAAUGGAGGGGUGAAGCGGCUGCGAUUGCCACAUUGCAAUUGAAAGUGCCUGUGGUGAUGUCCGACCCCAUAGCUCAGGAGUGGAUGAUAAACAGAGUAGAACUAGAGAUCUAAAAUUAUUGGAGUAAACCUCGAAACUUUAGCAAUGAAUGAUGUAAGUAUUCUUGAUUGGUUCGUAUGUGUGUAUUGCUUCAAAUCACCAUCAUUCCAUCACAAAUUU